UUCUGUCCGGCCGGGCGCUGGAGGAGUUGAGUGUCUCCUCAACGCGAUUGCCCCUUACCUGUUCCCAGCGGGAGGGACAUGAGUGUCCCGGGGCCGCCACCCCCGGACGGGGUCCUGGCAGGGCCGCCCUGCAGCCUGGAGGCCGGGGAACCGACGCUCGGUUUAAAUGACAUUUCUCCAGAUGAAGGGUUAAUAGAGGAUUUGACAGUAGAAGACAAAGCUGUGGAGCAACUGGCAGAAGGAUUGCUUUCUCACUACUUGCCAGAUCUGGAGAGAUCAAAGCAAGCCCUCCAGGAACUCACACAGAACCAAGUUGUAUUAUUAGAUACACUGGAACAAGAGAUUUCAAAAUUUAAAGAAUGUCAUUCUAUGUUGGAUAUUAAUGCUUUGUUCACUGAAGCUAAACACUAUCAUGCCAAGUUGGUGAAUAUAAGAAAAGAGAUGCUGAUGCUUCACGAAAAGACAUCAAAGUUAAAAAAAAGAGCACUGAAACUGCAGCAGAAGAGGCAGAAAGAAGAGUUGGAAAGGGAGCAGCAACGAGAGAAGGAAUUUGAAAGAGAAAAGCAGUUAACUGCCAAACCAGCUAAAAGGACAUGAAAAGUUGUGUUCACUUAAGAAGAAUUGCCAACUGUUUAGUCACAUAUGUGUGGCGUGUAAGCCUUUGUGAAGAAAUAAUGGAAAAGUGUGUAUACAGGAAAUCAUGGCACUUUAGACAUAUGAUAGGUGAGCAAGAUGCCAGAUAGAUUCUACUAACCGUGUAUACUCUGCCUCUUAGUGGUGUCGUUGCUUAUGUAGCUUUUGGGUUUAAAGCAGAUUACAUCUAUUUCUAAAGUUUGGUGAGGGUGGUGAAGCUAUCACAUAUUCAGAUGUGCUUAUAUAUUUAUAAUACUUAAUAGCAGUCCUCACACACUGAGAUACCGUUUCUGUGCUUUUAAAACAUUCUUAAAGUAGAAUGAUACAUACCAACUAUCCACUUUACAGAUAUUGACAGUUGUGGUGGAAAAUUAGUAAAUAGUUUCAUAAAAGAGACAGUAUGAAACAUUAGUGUUCUCUAGAAUUUUUUCUUGAUAUUAUAUGUAAGAACUUAUUAUAUGAAGGAAAUAUGUUUCAUUGUUUAAAAUCAAGAGUGUUUUAUUCACUGUUUUAGUAUUAUUUAAUAUCCAACUGGUCUCCAAUCUCUGUAUGUAGUGACUGUACAGAACUUGUAAAGGUAUAUGAUUAGAAUGUGUACACAUCUUUUAUAAUCUACAUGACAUUUUUGGUAAGCUGGAAUCACUACCUCUGAUCACAUAUCAGGCUAAUGAUGGAGAAAGCAUUGAUUGAAGUUGAAUGUUAAGAACCAGUCUGCUUAAGGGUUAGAUUGUUUGAAAGAGCCUUUAUCUUUAAUGAAUGAAUUAUAGCCUCACAAUUCACUUGAUUUUGACUUUGUAAUUAAGAAUGUAGAUGUAUUUUAUUUGAAAAAGGCUAAGUGUUACCUUCGAACUUAGGGCAGGACUCAUUAGGGCUUGCAGGACAAUGUCACCUAAAUUGAUGAAUGUACUCGUUUAUAAUAGGAUAUCUGACAAAGGCUGUGCAUUAUUUCUCAGAGUGGCUUUGGAUCAACUGUAGUGGUUGUUUAAAAUGCUGGUUUCUAGAUACCACUCUCAAUCUACUGAAGCAAGUCUGUUUGUUUGUUUUGCUCUGUUUUUUGUUUUCAAAGUUUCCUCCAGUGAUUCUGAUGCACCUUAAAAUUUGAGAACCACUGGUCUAGUGAUGUAGUUAAGGAUUUCCCACACUAGGCUGCAUAUCAUUAUCACCUGGGAACUUUAAAAAAAUACAGACAUUCUGGAUUCUUACUCAUUAGUUCUGAUGUGGAGCCCAUGUAUUUUUAAAAUAGCUCCCCAGAUAAUUCUGAUGUAAGGAACCACUGGUAUAGACUAUUUAGUGAUUUAUAUUUAUAAGCAAUGAAACAGUUUAGAAGCUAACCAGUAACUCUCGGGAUUUAGUUUAUGAAGUAUAUUCUGAAUUGCUGAUUUUGAUAUGCAGUUAGAUUUAAGACUGACCCUUAGCAGGCAGGAAAUAUAGAAUUCUGGUUAGUUAAUUGAGCUUUUGUAAUCUGUAUUAAAAUAAGUUAUGUUUCUCGAAUGACAAAGCACAUACACUUUCAGAAUUAUAUUAAGUUUUAAAAACUAUGAAAAAUGUCAGAAUGAAUAUAUAUUAGCAUCCACUAUUUUAAGAUCAGUUGUAAAUCAGAAGUACUAUUAUCUUGGUAAUUAAAAUCUAAAACUUUAGCUGUCCUUCAGUAACAUAGAAACAUAUCUUACUGAGUAAAUCUGAAUGGAACCCUUGUAAUUAGUUUUGCUGUAUUUUUGUACAAAAUAGUGAAUUGGUACUUGGGAGACUUCUGUUUUUGGGUUGAAAAAAUUGCCUUUAUUUUGAAACUAUAUCACAUAUGUGCUGUAUUGAAAUGAUGAGAGUUCAUUUUAUGUUUAUUGUGCAGUAAGUACCAUGUAAAUAUGAAGGCAUCGAGUGUAAUAUAGAUUGUGUCAGCAGUGAUUUUUUGGGUGGGUACAGUUUAUAAAUAUACCAAUUUUUUUUUUGUCUUUUUUUUUUUUUUGACCGGUAAGGGGAUCGCAACCCUUGGCGUGGUGUCGCCCGCACCGGGCUCAGCCAGUGAGCGCCCUGGCCAUCCCUAUAUAGGAUCCGAACCCACGGCGGGAACACCGCCACGCUCCCAGCGCUGCACUCUCCCGAGUGAGCCACGGGGUCAACCCAAUAUACCAAUUUUAAACCCUCAUAUAUUUGUCUGAUUUUGAGCUUGUAAAAUGAGGACUACUUUUUACCUGUUCAAUAAAAAAAAAGUC